UACCAAAAGUAUCAACACCUUUUUCUGAAUAGGAUGGGCAGUAAAGUGACUGAAAAUAUCCUAUGGGCCAAAUUGGCUUCUUAUGCGCCCCUGUCCUUUAUAUAUAAGAAAAUUAACUAAGAAUUAAUGAAUAAAAAGAAAUUCAUAAGGAAAAAAUAUAUUUCAGACAUUUAUGAUCACUGAGCAAAUCAUUUCUAAAGUUUGUUUUGGCUUCCUCUUUAGUGGUGUUUUUAUCUUUGAUGAUUUAUCGUUUGGUUAAUAAUUCAUUGAAUAGCAUUAUUGAUUGUUGAAAGAUUCAGUCUAUUAAUUAAUAUAAAUAUACAAAUAUUCAUAUUUAAAUGUAAACAUGGCAUUAUCACCUAAUCAAUUCUUUCAUUUACCGGAUGAAAUUCUUUUGAUUAUAUUGACACACUUAAAUCCUAUUGAUGUGUUUAAUUUAAGAGAUUUAAAUAGAAGAAUGGAUAGUAUUGUAUAUGAUGAAGUUAUCACAAGUAAUUUGACGUUAUUUAAAUGUUUGUCACAUGAUGUUAUUUGUCAAAUUAUAUAAUGAAUUAUUGAAUUUAUUCUAUUUAAAAAUUUUACCAGAAAUUCAUUACAAGAUUCAAUCACUUAAUGUUGAAUUAUUUUCUAUGAAACCUAUCUUUCUUGCUACAACUUAUCCUAAUCUAUAUAAACUUAGUUUAUAUCAUGUUGAUGAAAAUGCGGCUUUUUUCUAUUACAGAGUAAGAAGUUCGAUAUUUAGUUUUUUUUGUUAUUUUAUUUAUUUAGAUAAUAAUUCAUUUUUAAAUAUAUAUACAAAGCAAAUAACUUCAUUUAUUAUUAGGUUUAAUAAUAAAUCACAACGAUUAUUGAGUAAUUUAUUACCUGUUAUAUUCACAUUAAUUUUUGAAAUGUUUACGAAAUUAGAUUAUUUAAAUUUUACCGCAAAUUUAGGUGAUCAUCAACAAAUAUCAUUUGAAAUUUCAUCACCACCAAGUAUUGUUUCUGCAAAUUUAUUAAAAUUAAAUAUAAAUAUGGAUAGUUUUAAUGAUUGUCUGUAUUUACUUGAUGGUCGUUUUAAAAAUCUUCAUACAUAA